AGAUAGCUAGGCUACUCCCACUAAAAUGCGCCGGUGUUGCAUUUUCCGGUUUGUCGUUCUCCUUGUCGGAGUGUUCUUCCUGUGCGCGCCGCCGGUUAGUGGGUGGCGGCCAUGGCACAACAAGAAUUACAGUGCCACCGACUUUAUGUUUGGUGGGUCUAAGAAGUACGAGGGCUCCUCGGAUCUCAUCCACUUGAAGUACCAUAUGGGCCCUGUUCUCACAGCCAAUAUCACCGUUUAUCCGAUAUGGUAUGGGCGGUGGACGAACGCCCAGAAGCGGAUUAUUCGGGAGUUCGUUACUGCAAUCUCCGCCGCUGAUUCCAAACCGCCGUCCGUCGCCGGGUGGUGGAAGACGGUUCAGCUGUAUACUGAUCAGACCGGGGCUAAUAUUUCCCGGAAUGUCCACAUCGGAGAUGAGAAGAAUGACCGGUUUUACUCUCAUGGUAAGUCGUUGACUCGUUUGACUGUUCAGACUGUGAUCAAAGCCGCCGUCACCGCCAAGACCCGGCCGUUGCCCGUUAAUCCCAAGAGUGGGGUCUACUUGUUGCUCACUUCCGACGACGUGUACGUUCAGGAUUUCUGCAACAACGUCUGCGGCUUCCAUUACUUCACCUUCCCGUCCAUCGUGGGCUACACGCUCCCGUACGCGUGGGUGGGGAACUCCGCCAAGCUCUGCCCGGGCACGUGCGCCUACCCCUUCGCCGUGCCCAGCUACAUUCCCGGCCUGAAAGCCGUGAAAUCCCCUAACGGCGACGUGGGGGUGGACGGGAUGAUAAGCGUGAUAGGCCACGAGAUUGCGGAGCUGUCCACGAACCCGUUGGUGAACGCGUGGUACGCCGGCGGGGACCCCGUCUUCCCGGUGGAAAUCGCGGAUCUCUGUGAAGGCAUAUACGGCACCGGCGGCGGCGGCUCCUACACCGGCCAAAUGUUGAACGGCGGAGACGGCGCCACCUACAACAUGAACGGGAUUAGACGGCGCUACUUGGUCCAGUGGCUCUGGAACCAUUACAAAAAUUACUGUUCUGGCCCCAACGCUCUCGACCAGUAAACGCUCAUCGCCGUGACGCCGUCAGUUUACUGUUCCAUUCAUUCUUUCCACUUUCCAUGCCGCCUUUGCUAUUCCCGUUGUACCCCUUCCCUUUUUCGUGUUUGUUAUCCAUCUCAUCUGUUAAUCCCCUGUUAAUGGAUAAUUAUAUUAGUUGAUUAUUAAGCUUUGUCUGAAUUCUAAUACGUACUAUAAAUAAUUAACGUUGUUUCAUCUUGUUUUGUACUGUAUACAAUAGUAAAAAUGUUGUGUUAUUCUGAAAGCUAA